CGUCAAUGUGAUGCCAAAUUGAAUGAGUGGAUUGAACAACUCUCGGAUACUCAAGCAGAUACAGAUGAAGAAGAACGAUCACCGUCAGAGUCAACUGGAUCAGAAUCGUUGGACAGUAGCAGUGCUUCUGAUCGAGAUGUGCCGAAGCGACGAAGAAGUGCAAAAAGAAGACGUCGAUCUAAAAGGCGGCAUAAAAAAACUGAUCGAAGCACAGAAGAACGUAAAGAAGCUGAAACAUCCCAUCAAAAGAAUGAACCAGCGCGAAAACAAAUGAUUGAAGAUAUAAUCGACAAACUACGAAAUGGUGAAGAAUCAGGUUCCUCUCCGAAAAGUUCAACUCCAAUGGAAGAGCAAGCUCCAAAACCGGAACAAGCACCACUGCCUUCACGUCAGGUCACAUCGCCAUCGCAACCAGCGAAUCAAACGAGUCCAUCAGCUCCAAAUGCGAUCGCCUAUCAAAAUCAACCCCAACCGCAACCAAUUUAUUAUCAACAGCCAGCAGCCGUCCCAUACGCUAUUCCACCGGUUCAAGCUCAAGCCCAUUCACCGGUUCUAUGGACGGGCGUACCACCAACACCGAACCGAAAUGAACAAAGGUCAACAAUCAUUUCGUUCCAUUCAGCGGAUUUCAGUCGAAAAAAAGUUGAUUUUUUUUCGAAUUUUCUAAACAAUGUUGAAUUUUCUGCAAGUAAGUCAAUGCAAUCAAUCCUAUGGAGCAAUAACAAAAUGCAAUCAUAA